AAAUAAUAAUCGAGAUAAGGAGGUGGUAGGGUUUCCAAAAACAAAAAUCGUAACCUUCAACCAUCUGGGGAAGACAAAAAUCCCACCCACCGCAACUCUCAGUUCGAAAGUAAAGAUUUCUCAACAGUGAUGUCACAAGAUUGACCACAUUGAUCACAAUAUGGAGUCUGGAGAACGGUUACCAUCCUCAACAGCCUCCUCUACUACACCUUCAUCUUCAGUACCUUCUGUGGCUUCAUCAGUUUCAAAAGGCGGCCUUUCCACGGGAGCUGCUUCCCUGAGCUCUACAAUCAACCCAUGUGGACAUUUAUUCAGAGCAGCUGGGGAUCAACCGUUUAACCUGUCCACAGUGUCGAGUGCCUUCCCAAUGGUCAGCCACCCAGUCUUUGGUCUACAUUCAGCCAGCUCAGGGCAUUCAGAAUUUGGUGGUUUGGGGACACUUGGUACACCCACAGCCUUAGCCGCACAUCCCCAACUAGCAUCUUUUCCAGGUGCAGAAUGGUGGCGAACAACAGAUGUUCAUACUCGUACAGGGGCGACCUUCUUUCCACCAUUGCUGGGAAUUCCACCGCUGUUUGCUCCUCCAGCCCAGAACCAUGAUUCUUCUUCCUUCCAUUCAAGGACUUCAGGAAAAAGUAAUAGAAAUGGUCCUGAAAAAGGUGUAAAUGGGUCAAUAAAUGGAAACACUACAUCAUCUGUAUCUGGUAUCAACACACCUGUACUAUCCACUACUGCUUCAAGUUCUGUGGGACAAAGUAAAAGUAUAAGCUCAGGUGGAGGAAAUCGAAAAUGUAAUCAGGAACAAAACAAAAACCAGCCUUUGGAUGCUAGAGCUGACAAAAUAAAAGAUAAGAAACCAAGGAAGAAAGCUAUGGAAAGUUCUAGCAACAGUGAUAGUGAUUCGGGUACAUCAUCAGACACCUCAAGUGAAGGCAUUAGUAGUAGUGAUUCAGAUGAUCUAGAGGAAGAUGAAGAAGAAGAAGAUCAAAGUAUUGAAGAAAGUGAAGAUGAUGAUUCUGAUUCAGAGAGCGAAGCACAGCAUAAAAGUAACAACCAGGUGCUAUUACAUGGUAUUUCAGACCCAAAAGCAGAUGGACAGAAAGCAACUGAAAAAGCCCAGGAAAAAAGAAUACAGCAGCCAUUACCUCUUGUGUCUGAGUCCCAGACUCACCCAUCAUUCCAAUCCCAGCAGAAGCAGCCUCAGGUUUUGUCACAGCAGCUUCCAUAUAUUUUCCAAAGCUCUCAGGCAAAGGAGGAAUCUGUGAACAAACACACAAGUGUAAUACAGUCUACGGGAUUGGUGUCCAAUGUGAAACCUUUAUCUUUGGUAAAUCAAGCCAAAAAGGAAACUUACAUGAAACUCAUAGUUCCUUCUUCUCCUGAUGUACUUAAAGCAGGGAAUAAAAAUACCUCUGAAGAAUCUAGUCCUUUGACCAGUGAAAUGCGAUCCAAACGGGAACAAUAUAAACAGACAUUCCCAGCACAGUUAAAGAAACCAGAAUCAUCCAAGAGCUUGAAGAAGGUUAUUGCAGCUUUGUCAAAUCCGAAAGCAACCUCUAGUUCACCAGCACAUCCAAAACAGGCGUCAGAAAACAACCACCCUAAUCCAUUCUUGACAAAUGCACUUUUAGGUAAUCACCAACCAAAUGGAGUUAUUCAAAGUGUCAUUCAAGAAGCUCCUCUAGCACUUACUACCAAAACUAAAAUGCAGAGUAAGAUUAAUGAAAACAUUGCUACUCCAAGCAGCACCCCUUUUUCCUCACCUGUAAAUUUGAGUACAGGUGGGAGAAGAACCCCUGGCAGUCAGACAGCUGUAACGCCCUCCGCCUCUCCCAUACUGCAUAGUCAAGGGAAGGAAAGAGCAGUUAGCAAUAAUGUAAACCCAGUGAAAACACAGCAUCACCCCCACCCUGCAAAAUCUUUAGUGGAACAGUUCAGGGGAACAGAUUCAGACAUUCCCAGUAGUAAAGAUUCUGAAGAUUCAAAUGAGGAUGAAGAAGAAGAUGAUGAGGAAGAAGAUGAGGAAGAUGAUGAAGAUGAUGAAUCUGAUGACAGCCAAUCAGAAUCAGAUAGUAAUUCAGAAUCAGAUACAGAAGGAUCAGAAGAAGAUGAUGAUGAUGAUAAAGACCAAGAUGAAUCAGAUAGUGAUACUGAAGGAGAGAAAACGUCAAUGAAACUGAAUAAAACAACUUCCUCUGUCAAAAGCCCUUCCAUCAGUCUCACUGCUCACCCAACACCUCGUAACCUCCACAUAGCAAAAGCCCCAGGCUCUGCUCCUGCUGCCUUAUGUUCUGAAUCCCAGUCACCUGCUUUUCUUGGCACACCUUCUUCCACACUUACUUCAAGUCCACACUCUGGCACUUCCAAAAGGCGAAGAGUAACAGAUGAGCGCGAGCUGCGUAUUCCUUUGGAAUAUGGCUGGCAAAGAGAGACAAGAAUAAGAAACUUUGGAGGGCGCCUUCAAGGAGAAGUAGCGUAUUAUGCUCCAUGUGGAAAGAAACUUAGGCAAUACCCUGAAGUAAUAAAGUAUCUCAGCAGAAAUGGAAUAAUGGAUAUCUCAAGGGACAAUUUCAGCUUCAGUGCAAAAAUAAGAGUGGGUGACUUCUAUGAAGCCAGAGAUGGACCGCAGGGAAUGCAGUGGUGUCUUUUGAAAGAAGAGGAUGUCAUUCCCCGUAUCAGGGCAAUGGAAGGCCGUAGAGGAAGACCACCAAAUCCAGAUAGACAGCGAGCAAGAGAGGAAUCCAGGAUGAGACGUCGGAAGGGUCGGCCUCCAAACGUGGGAAGUGCUGAGUUUCUAGACAACACAGAUGCCAAAUUGCUAAGAAAACUGCAAGCUCAAGAAAUAGCCAGACAAGCAGCGCAAAUAAAGCUUUUGAGAAAACUUCAAAAGCAGGAACAGGCUCGGGUUGCCAAAGAAGCUAAAAAACAACAAGCAAUAAUGGCUGCUGAGGAGAAGAGAAAGCAAAAAGAACAAAUAAAGAUUAUGAAACAACAGGAAAAAAUUAAAAGAAUACAACAAAUCAGAAUGGAAAAAGAACUUCGAGCCCAGCAAAUUCUAGAGGCUAAAAAGAAAAAGAAGGAAGAAGCAGCAAAUGCCAAAUUAUUGGAGGCCGAAAAACGAAUAAAGGAAAAAGAAAUGAGAAGACAACAAGCCGUUCUUCUGAAGCAUCAGGAGUUGGAGAGGCAUAGACUAGAUAUGGUAUGGGAACGAGAGAGAAGACGACAACAUAUGAUGCUUAUGAAAGCUAUGGAAGCUCGUAAAAAAGCAGAAGAAAAAGAACGGUUGAAGCAAGAAAAACGUGAUGAGAAAAGAUUAAAUAAAGAGCGUAAACUGGAGCAACGAAGAUUAGAAUUAGAAAUGGCAAAGGAACUAAAGAAGCCUAAUGAAGACAUGUGCUUAGCAGACCAAAAGCCUUUGCCAGAUUUGCCUCGUAUUCCAGGACUUGUUCUCUCUGGAAGUACAUUUUCAGACUGUCUCAUGGUGGUGCAGUUCUUACGAAACUUUGGUAAAGUUUUGGGCUUUGAUGUGAAUAUUGAUGUUCCAAACCUGAGUGUUCUUCAAGAGGGAUUGCUAAAUAUAGGGGACAGCAUGGGUGAAGUACAAGACUUGCUUGUGAGGCUCCUCUCAGCUGCUGUAUGUGAUCCAGGUCUAAUUACAGGAUACAAGGCCAAAACAGCUCUUGGAGAACAUUUGCUGAAUGUUGGUGUGAACCGAGACAAUGUUUCCGAGAUCUUGCAGAUUUUUAUGGAAGCCCAUUGUGGACAAACUGAGCUUACGGAAAGCCUGAAAACCAAAGCUUUUCAGGCUCAUACUCCAGCACAGAAAGCCUCAGUCUUGGCUUUCCUGAUCAAUGAACUGGCAUGCAGUAAGAGUGUGGUGAGUGAAAUUGACAAGAACAUUGAUUAUAUGUCAAACUUGAGGAGAGAUAAAUGGGUAGUAGAAGGUAAACUUCGCAAGCUCAGAAUCAUUCAUGCUAAGAAAACAGGCAAAAGAGACACGUCAGGUGGCAUUGAUCUUGGAGAAGAACAGCAUCCAUUGGGCACCCCCACACCAGGACGCAAACGAAGAAGGAAGGGAGGAGACAGUGAUUUUGAUGAUGAUGAUGACGAUGAUAGUGAUGAACAAGCUGAUGAAGAUGAUGAGGAUGAAGAAGAUAAAGAAGACAAAAAAGGAAAGAAGACUGAUAUCUGUGAAGAUGAGGAUGAAGGUGACCAAGCAGCAAGUGUUGAAGAGCUAGAAAAACAGAUUGAAAAACUGAGUAAACAACAGAGUCAGUACAGAAGGAAGCUCUUUGACGCUUCUCACUCUUUGCGUUCGAUGAUGUUUGGCCAGGAUCGUUACAGACGCCGGUACUGGAUUCUUCCCCAAUGUGGGGGGAUUUUUGUAGAAGGCAUGGAGAGUGGUGAAGGACUAGAAGAAAUUGCAAAAGAAAGAGAAAAACUAAAAAAGGCAGAAAGUAUCCAGAUCAAAGAAGAAAUAUUUGAGACUUCUGAAGAUACUUUAAAUUGCUCAAAUCCAGAUCUUUGUGAGCAAAAGGAAGAUCCUAAAGAAAAAGAUAACACAAACUUGUUUCUUCAGAAACCUGGCUCUUUUUCAAAAUUAAGCAAGCUUUUAGAAGUAGCUAAAAUGUCUCCUGAGUCAGACAUAAUAACCCCCAAACCAAAUAGUAGUGCAAACGGGUGUACAUUGUCUUAUCAAAACAGUGGAAAACAUUCAUUGGCCAGCAUUCAAUCAACAGCAACACAAAGCAACAUGGAGAAGACAGACUCUAAUAAUCCAUUCAGUCCCGGUUCAAGUGGUCCAGGGAAGUUCUACAGCCCUCUACCCAAUGACCAGCUGUUAAAAACACUGACUGAAAAGAAUAGACAGUGGUUCAGCCUUUUGCCAAGAACCCCUUGUGAUGACAGUUCACUCACCCAUACUGAUGCAUCAGCUGCUUCUGUGGUGACUCCUCAGUCUCAGCCACCAUCCCAGUCCCCCUCCCCUGCUCCGGCUCCCCUCUUGGGGUCAUCUUCUGCUCAGAAUCCUGUUGGCCUAAAUCCAUUUGCUGUAUCACCUCUUCAGAUGAAAAGUGGAGUAUCUAUGAUGGGACUCCAGUUUUGUGGAUGGCCCACUGGCGUGCUUACCUCCAAUAUUCCAUUUACGUCACCUUUACCUGGUCUGGGAUCGGGGUUGGGAUUAUCUGAAGGAAAUGGUAAUUCGUUCUUGACUCCCAAUGUUGCUUCAAGUAAAAGUGAAUCUCCAGUCCCACAGAAUGAAAAAGUCUCUUCAACUCAACCUGCAGCUGUUGAAGUAGCAAAACCAGUAGAUUUUCCUAGUCCAAAACCUAUUCCAGAAGAAAUGCAGUUUGGUUGGUGGAGAAUUAUUGACCCAGAGGACCUAAAAGCUUUGCUCAAAGUGCUGCAUCUCAGAGGAAUAAGAGAAAAGGCAUUACAGAAACAAAUUCAGAAACACUUGGAUUAUAUUACCCAAGCCUGCAUCAAGAAUAAGGAUGUUGCUAUUAUUGAAUUAAAUGAAAAUGAAGAAAACCAGGUAACUCGAGAUAUUGUGGAGAACUGGUCGGUAGAAGAACAAGCAAUGGAAAUGGAUUUGAGUAUUCUUCAACAGGUAGAAGAUCUAGAAAGGAGAGUUGCAUCAGCAAGUUUGCAAGUAAAGGGUUGGAUGUGUCCAGAGCCUGCAUCAGAAAGGGAGGACUUGGUAUAUUUUGAACAUAAGUCAUUUUCUAAGUUGUGCAAGGAGCAUGAUGGAGAAUGUACUGGCGAAGAAGAAAGCAGUGCACAUGCACUAGAACGGAAGAGUGACAACCCCCUAGAUAUAGCUGUAACCAGGCUGGCUGAUUUGGAGCGGAACAUUGAGAGAAGGUAUCUGAAGAGCCCCUUAAGUACCACCAUUCAGAUCAAACUGGAUAAUGUGGGCACAGUUACUGUCCCUGCUCCUGCACCAUCCAUUAGUGGUGAUGGUGACGGAAUUGAAGAGGAUAUUGCUCCAGGGCUCAGGGUAUGGAGAAGGGCAUUGUCAGAAGCUCGCAGUGCUGCACAGGUAGCUCUGUGCAUUCAGCAGUUACAGAAAUCAAUAGCAUGGGAAAAAUCAAUUAUGAAAGUUUACUGCCAGAUCUGUCGAAAGGGAGAUAAUGAAGAACUGCUCCUGCUUUGUGAUGGUUGUGACAAAGGCUGUCACACAUACUGCCAUAGACCCAAGAUUACAACCAUACCAGAUGGGGACUGGUUUUGUCCAGCUUGCAUUGCUAAGGCAAGUGGUCAAACUCUAAAAAUCAAAAAACUUCAUGUCAAAGGAAAAAAGACUAAUGAGUCAAAGAAAGGCAAGAAAGGAACUUUAACAGGGGAUACUGAAGAUGAAGACUCUGCAUCUACAAAUAGUUCACUGAAAAGAGGAAACAAAGACCUGAAAAAAAGAAAAAUAGAGGAAAACACUUCUAUUAACUUGUCAAAACAGGAAAGUUCCACUUCUGUUAAGAAACCUAAAAGAGAUGACUCCAAAGACCUCGCUCUUUGCAGUAUGAUCCUUACUGAAAUGGAAACUCAUGAGGAUGCAUGGCCUUUUCUACUUCCUGUAAACUUGAAACUUGUUCCUGGUUAUAAGAAAGUUAUUAAGAAGCCUAUGGAUUUUUCCACAAUUAGAGAGAAAUUAAGUAGUGGGCAAUAUCCAAACCUUGAAACCUUUGCUGUAGAUGUCAGGCUUGUUUUUGACAACUGUGAAACAUUUAAUGAAGAUGAUUCUGAUAUAGGCAGAGCUGGCCACAGUAUGAGGAAGUAUUUUGAAAAAAAGUGGACAGAUAUUUUCAAAGUGAGCUGAAGUUAUAAUAACCUCUCUUUUUUUUUCCUUUUAAACAAGGACAAAUGAGACCAGCAAUGUGAACUGUAUUUACAUAAAUGUGCAAGGCACAUACAUAAUGACUUUUUUUUCCUUAAAAUAAGCAUCACAAAAAAACAAAAAAAAAAGUAUCAGAAGAAUGAUACCAUUUUUAAAGGCUUCACUCCUACAACAACCAAGGCCCUUGGUUAUUGGUUUGUGUGAUUUAUCAGCUAACUUAGGUAGAACAGGGAAGCACACCCAAAGAAUUUUCAAAGGAAAGGGUGUUAUAGUGCAAUAGCAAUUAAAAUAUAUCAAAUCGCACUGAAUAUUCAACACCAGAGCUCUAAUGUGGGAAAUGGUUCUCCUUUCCCUCUCAAUAAAUAUCUAUUUUUCAUUUUUUUACUUUGUAGUUUAUUUUUUAGUGAAUGUAUUUAAUUUUAUGAAUUAUUUAUGAUUAAACCACAUCCAGAAUCUUCGUUUUCUGUGAAAAGGAAGAACUAGAAAAUUGCUUUAAAUCUUGAAAAUACAACAAGGAAUGUUUUAAAAUAUAAAACAAAGCCAAGUUAAACUGUUUACACUGAUGUGCUAUAAAGCACCAAAAAUAAACUUUACUGUAGAGUUACAAGUACAUUUAAUAUAUAUAUAUAUAUAUAUAUAUAUAUAUAUAUAUAUAUAUAUAUAUAUGUUGCUGCAUCACUUGUGUAGUUAAAUUGUAUUUCAAGACAGUGAAGAAAAAUUGACAUGUAUAUACUGUUCAUUAUUGUUUAUAUUAAGUCUUGUUUUAAAUAUGUAUUAUGUGUAUAUAUUGUUUGGAGACAUUAUUGUUUAUGCCUUAGAAGGAUUGUAGCAUUUUAUUUUAGUCUGAAGGUAAUUAUAGCUAUACAGCUUGUACAGUAAUUAUCCUCUACCAACACUGUGGCGUCUCCUUGAUCUUGGUAGUGCCUGCCUUUGAAACAGGGUGUAGGGGAUAUUAGUUUUCCAUUUUUCUAUUUUGUUAUAUAAUUUUAAGCCACCAGGGCCUAAAUUAAAGUAUAAUCAUUUGUAUCCAUGUGGAAUAAAAUUGUGACAAUUUCCUACACACACAGUAUUUUUUCAUAGAAACAUUUCCUUCCCAUUUGCCUUGCCUCAGAAAUAAAUUUAAAAGACAUUUGUAACCACUGUGUUUUAUCUACUGUGUGUUGUGGUGGCCUGUUGGAGGCAAAUAGAUCAGAAUUUUUUUUGUACCUAUGUAAGAGUACUUGAAGUUUUAUUUAAAAUAAAAUGUUGUGAAAAAGGUAGCAUUCUUUUUUUUAGGAGUGUUAUUUUUCACUACUAUGUGUGGCACGGAUACAAUAAAAGACUUUUACAAACUA